AUGUCAACCACGCCUGCGAAGAAGAUGCUGAAGCUGAUCCCGAAGCCGCCAACUGGUGCCCAACUCCUCAGCGGUGCGAUCAAGAUCAUGGACCGCAUGAACGCCGCUCUCGACAAGCCGAUUUUUUCGGCUGCGAACGGGGAAUGGCACCGCGUUGCCAACCUCCCAAAGGUCUGGCUCGACGUGCUGCCGGAGGACGACAGGGAGGAGCUGCUCUGA